UCUCGCUCUCGCACUCUCGCGCUACUAGCAGAGCAGUGAGAACGCGCCUGCGAUCUUUGCUCCGCCGAUAUUAGCUGAGCUCCGGCGGCCGUCCCUCCCCGCUCCCGACCCGGAAUCCCGGCGACCCGGAUCCGGAAACUCCCGGAGCUUUCUCGAUCGUGUUCAUGGCUUCCCUCGAAAGCUCUGGACCGGGAGUGGUCACCGUCGACGUUGUCGCAGCCAGGGAUCUGGUCAGCUCAGGCCACCGUUUCCUAGACGUGAGGACCGAAGAAGAGUUCAAGGAGGGUCACCCCGAGGCGGAGGACGUCUUGAACAUUCCCUACCUCUUUGUUACCCCGGAAGGUAGAGUGAACAAUCCUCGGUUCACGGAGCAUGUUUCAUCUGCCUAUGGGUUGGAAGAUCGCAUUGUGGUGGGAUGCCGGAGCGGAGCCCGAUCGCUGUCGGCCGGCACCGACAUGCUUAAAGCCGGAUACAAGCAUGUGUGGAACAUGGGAGGAGGUCAUCUUGCUUGGGUUGACCAGGGAUUGCCUGUGAAGAAGCCACUUGAGGAGGAGAUGAAACUUCACCUUGACCCAAAGGCUGAGAAAGUCACCAAGGAAGAGAAACUUGAAGUGGUUAAUUAAUUAGUUAAUUAAGCAAGCACUAAUAUCGGAUUUGGUGCAUUGUACUAUCUGUAUUCAUGUGAUCAAGUUUGUAAUCAUGUUUUGGAUUUCUGGCUCUAGUUCGUUUGCUACUGAGAGAUAAAAGCCAGAUCUUAUUUAUCUAGUGGACUUUGUUCGGGUGA